UUGUAUAUUUUCUUUAGGCGUUUUUUUCUGCUCCUUUCAGUGUAAAGUCACGAGUUAUUGCCUGCUUACCACUCGUGAAAAUAGUGGCUCGCUAUUUUUGGUGCGCGUGUGUAUUUAUACAUGUAUAUACCUUCCAGUGAAAGAGAAAAUAAACGGAGGAUAUAACAAGCAGAGUAAAAAGGAGCAUCGACGCGCCGACUAGUGGGAUAUGAAAGUCAGCACAGUGUGAAACGACAUUGUCAGUGAGUGCUGUGUCGGCGACCUUUUGGUGCCGCUUGAAAGCUACCGUCGAGUCGAGCCUCUGCGUGUCCUGCAUAUCGGAAAUACUGGAAAUCCAAGGAAACGUCAGUUUUGUACCUUGGUACAUGUAAUGGAUUCUGGCGCAAGUGAUUCGCGCUGCUUCUGUCAGAUGGAAAAUCUGACCUCUCGGUCACCUCUCCAAGUGUGUACUUCGAUUCUUACUACAUGCAGCGCGUGAUAAAGUCCAUAUUUCGACCCCUCUCUCCCUCUACCUCCCUCUAUUUCUCAAGCCGGCUUGUUCCGGCGUGCGGAAUCGCCCUCGUGCAAACUCCCUUCAUUCUUCGUUGUGUUCUGGUCAUUUAGUGAAAUAUAAAAAUAUCAAUGAAUUUUUGAUGUGAGGCAAAUGUGCGUGUUGCCGGCAUCAACGUGUAGUGUGCUCUGCAAGGCCGAGAUCGUAAUCGGGCUGUGGUGCAUUUGUGAACCGCGCUCCCACUUCGAGUAGUUUCACCCAAUUUUUUUAACUUCUUCCCGGCUUAUCAAGCCUUAAUUCCACCAGUUCUUUUUUUUUUUCUUGUGCAUCAAAUAACCGUCAACCAUGGAUAUCUUACCGAGCGGGAACAUUUUUCGAGAAUUACAGGACAUACACGAUACCGGAUACUUUUCGGCGCAACCUUCACUAGAGGAUCAUUGGCAACAGACCUCUACCAGCCAUCUUAACCCAUUAAUGGCCAUGCGUCGUAUUUGCGACCCGAAAACACGCCUUCUUUCAAACUCUGUAGCCACCUUUCCAACAAAGCGUACAGACUGCGCCGAAUGGCAGAGAACAGGCAUUCUUGUUGGUGCACCUAGUUCUUUUCGUCAAGUUUCUGACGUUCUUCUCCCUGCGACUAUCUCCCGUGCAGAAAUUCAAAUAUGGAUCUGAUCGGCGCCAGAUCGGACAGAAUUUGGCCCAAAUCGGGCUAUCCAGAUGGGGCCAGGCUCGAAAUGAAAGGCGAUUUCCGAUCGGGGCCCAAGCGCUGCGCGCAAAGGUAACCCGGCCUGGCCCCGAUCGGGCCCAUAUUAAUUUAUUUUUAUUAUUCUUAA